AUGGUAGACUUUCGGAAACUUGCGCUCGAGUUUGUCCUCAGUGACGACAGUGAGAGACAAACAGCAAUCACCCAGGAGGCGGCUUCGGAGAUCCAGUUAGCACCCAGGCCCAGCAAUCCUGUUGCCAGAUGGGUGGAAUCUAUUAAACCGUGGAUGCCCAGCGCAAAUGAAGAUCUGGAUGACGGUGAUGGCGACGUCAUUGCACGGUCUAAAUCUUUGAGCUUCCUAGCAGGCACUCUUGAGCAUCUGGAUCCUGCAUUUCUCAAAGCUGAUCAAACCAACCUUCUCGUGGCUUUCUUUGGAAGCAUGUUCAAGGUCGACCACAAGGCUGGCAUUAUGCCCGCUGCAAAGGCUCUUGAUAGAACUGCUGGCAUGAAGACCUUCCAGCCACAGAAGGGAAAUGACAUCAUUCAAAGCGUAUGCAGCCUUGGUGAUGAUUUCAAGGUCCAGGUCGCAGAAACUCGUGCUACAGUGUAUGAACUGCUGGACCAUCUCCUCACCAACCCGGACGUAGCGAACAACUUGCAGUACCAACACGGCACAACAUCCGGCUUCAUCACAGACCUUUUGCAGCUAUGCCGCAAUGAGCGAGACCCAAAGUGCCUGAUGACGUGGUUCAAGAUUCUGAAGGUUUUUCUUUCAGACUAUUCUCCUGCACCGGAGGUUGUGGAUGAGAUUUUCAGCAUUUUUUCAGCAUACUUCCCUAUAUCGUUGAGGACAUCACAGCAUCCUUCUGGAAUCACAGCAGAUGAUCUGAAAUUAGGCUUGCGGGCUUGCUUUUCAGCACAUCAUCGCGUUGCCGGCAAGGCCAUCCCAUACCUCCUUGGUAGGCUAGACCAACCGGACAGUGUCAGUGUCAACGUGAAGGUUGACAUUCUGAAGACUAUGACCGCAUGUUUGAGCAGUUAUGAACAUGUUCAACAAGGAAUCACCCCCUUUACAGACAAGAUUUGGGACAGUCUCAAGUAUGAAGUCCGCAAUGGAGAGAUCGAGGACACAAUCAACGCUACCUUGGAAGUCAUCCGAACAAUCGCCAAGAGACUCACUGGGGAAGAGCUCAGAGAUUUUGCUCUCACUGUUCAAAGAGACUGCCUUGAGGACCUUUCAAACCCAAUAUACACGGCAGCCUCAGGAAAGCUUUUGAUCUCCAUUCACAGCGCUAAGCCAGCUGCUUUUGCGCUUAUGAUCUCCCCGUCGGUUACUCACAUCAAGGAGAAUCUCCGCCACACAAAGUCACCUGACCAUACGAAGAACCUUCUCAUUCUACUGAAUUCUCUGCUCGAGCUACGCUUAGCCCUUACCGGAGGAGACGUGCAGCUGAGUGCCGAGGAUGCUGAGGCCUUUAAAUCUACCGAGCCACUACUUGCCCCCCUCUACAAACAGACGUAUCUGCCUCUUUCCCAAAAAGCUCUUCAGGAUACAGCUCAGCCUGGAGAUAUCACCAUCGGCCAACAGGCAAUCAAGGGCCUGGGACUGAUGGUCUGUCAGAGAGCAGCUCAAAUCGGACAGUCCAACCAACCCAUGCUCCCCGACGCGAUACUGACCGAAAUCUGCGACAACCUGGCAAUUCUUACGUUCCAAGCUCCUGAAGAGCCCGCGAAGGACAAUAACCGACUUAAGCUGUCUGACGAGGCAGCCUUUGCUCUGCAAAAGACCACGAUGGCAUACUCGCCGGUCCAGAAGAAACUGAUCGAGGACUGCUUCCGAGUAUGUGAUGGAUUCAGCACUUCUCCUACGGCCAAAACCUGGGAUAGCAUGCACCGCGUCCUCCAACACAACCUCGCCAGACUGAGCUACAUCUGUUGCUCCGAAUGCCCUCGCUCUGACAAACUCGGUUUCUAUACACGAUUUUUAAGUGCGCUUCUGUUGAACCUUCACAAAAUGCUCGACAUCAAGGCCAACCCAAAAAUCUGGUCGGUAAUUACUGCUUAUAUGUUGUCGGCCAUGGUUCACUUCAAGCAAGCGGCCAAAGAGUUCAUCAACCAUCCCGUCAAGAACAACUUCAAUGACAGGCGAUUCAAUACUGCUUGGGUUAGCUACGUCGCGAAACGUUUUCCUGUUCUACCGCGCUUUAGCGACGAUAAAAUCGACUCGAUGGAUGCGAUGGACGCCGACGAACAGGCUGAGAACCCCGGCAAUGAAGUUGAUAAUCUUCAAGGAGACUUUGCGCUGGUCAAUCUUUACGUCGUUCGACAGCUCUACAGACGAGCCACCAAGAUCAUCAGUUAUGACAACAAUACCGAGCUUUCACUUGCACUGAGUGACGACUUGAGCAGCAAGGACCCGGAAGCCAAGAAUGAAGAGGAUCUUUAUUUGAACAACCUCUCGAAGAUUGCAACCUUUUCUAUCCAGCAUAUGAGUGAAUACCAGCAGACCAACUUGCUUUUGAACGAAGAUGUGGUCACGCUCUUCCGUGGAAGCGACGAGUAUCACCACCCCAAUCCUACCGAGGGUCAUCGCUGGAACAACAGAGAGCUGCGAGAUGCCAUGCUGAGGACCAUGGGUCUUCCCCAGCCUGCAUACGACAUGAGAAACCCUCCCCAGUUCCCCAUAAGUGGGUUCAGUCAUGGACGUACUGUCAUCCUUUCCCUGGGCAUUAUUCAGUCUUUCCACCCGACAACAGUUCAGCGUUUGGUGGAAAGAGGAACCGCGCACGAGAUCUUGGUCGCUGGCCUUCUCACAAGAGACCAUUCUGACUCACCAAUUUGCCGCCACGUCGUUUCAGCCAUUCUGGCCAUCAUCUCCAACAAGUAUAAAGUCGAGAACUUGAGCGACAUUGUUCAGAUUAUCGAGUAUCAGAUAAAUUUCCUCAUCAGCGAAGAGAAACUGUCCAAUCAGCUCGAGCAAAUCACCGGCUACCUCUACCACGAAGAGAAUGUGAUACCUGGUAACCGUCCCAAUGACCUCAGAGCAGAGCUGGCAAGGCCUGUGUAUGCUAUUGUAGCUGGCAUUCUCCGACGCUACACUGGCAACGCUCUUCAGAAGGUUCUCUCGGCAAUCAGUCAAGGCCCUAACAACAGGAAGAUCGGCCACAUCCUUGCUCGCAAGAUGGAUACCAUCUUUGGUAAUUCGCCGAUCACCAACACACAGUUCUAUGGGCAGGUUAAGAGCCUCUGGGCGCAGAGAGCCUACUAUGAGUUGGUCAAGCCCAUGCUGUCCAAGGCUUGGCCUGCCGGCUCGAACAGCAAGGAUGACAUGCUCGUUGCCGCCAACUACAGUAUUGCAGUCUUGACAGCAGUCAAGCACAUUAAGUACGUGCACUACGAAGACGACACGGAGGACCUUAUCCGAACCAUUCUCUGCACCAUCCGAUACCUGCCGGCUAGUGGUGACGUUGCAGCCGGUCUCAAUAUUCUGGUGCUCAUCACGGAGAACUCACCCAAGCGCAUGCAGCCGUUCCUCAAGAGCGUCAUUGAUGCUUGCAUGUCGAUCUUCAGGAAAGACGGGACGCCAACCGGCGAGGACAGCUCCUGGAUGCCGGAGAACUACAUACCGUUCGACCAUGUUGGGUUCCAGGAGGCGCAGUGCCGGGCCCUGGUCGUUCGUCUCAUUGGUCAACUACCGCCAAACUUUGAGCACCGCCAUCUCCUUGAUUCAGCAUCUCAGGCCAGGCGCUUGCUGGCUCAGGCCUCUGGUGACGAUUCGCGAAUGGUCAGAGAGGCUGCUCUUAAGUCUCGCAAGGCUUGGGAUGACGUCAAUUGA